AUGGAAAAUUGGAAUGAGACAGGUCGAGGAAGCUUGUACGUUUUACAUGGUGUUUGUGGACGACAGUCUUGCUUUUUACGUACUGUCUAUUUGACAUUGUCUCUUAAACGCUUCACGGAACUAUUAUUUCUACUGCAACCAAAUGAAAUGCCGUGCCUUAAACAUUUAACUGUAACAUUUGAACGUAGCGAUUCAACUGUUUCUAAUUUAGAACAUUUGUAUGAACCUAAGAACAUAUUGAGCCAGUCCUAUUUAGUAACAAUGAAUGUAAUUCAUUUACAUACACUUACAUUGCGUGGCGGUCAUGAUAGUGAUUUUUCAAUGGACAAUGUCUUGUUGAUUAUUCGUCAUUUGAAAAUGCCCAAUCUCAAAUCAUUAACAUUAAUUCACGUACAGACUUCAUUAUUGAAUCAGCUCGUUGAAUUUCGACAAGCCAUACAUUCAAGUUCUCUUUGGCUUUCACUCGAUGAUUUCCGUUUCUCUUUGUGUUUGCCUAUUGCAUUACGUCAUGAAUACGAAACGACCGAGUUCGGCGAUUUCGUUUUUAACACUAGUGAUUGGCUUGCAAGAGGAUGGUGCGUACGUCAUAUCGUUGAAGAACAUUUGUCUUCUGCAAUGUUACUCGUCUAUACCUGCCCAUGUGAUUUACAAAAUGAUCGCAUCUUGGUAAAUCAUCGAUUUGUUACACGUACUAUUAAUCAUGAUCGACGAGCAACUGUACAACAUAUGGUAUGGUUGUGUAGAAAUACUGAUAACGACGGCAUCAAUUUACAUUCAGCGGACAAUGUCAAACAUAGUUUAGCAGUUCUAUCUCGUGUAUAUCACUUAAAGUGGCAUUGGGCUGUGACAACAACUGGAUUUGCAAUAUCACGUGAUCCUUGUUUUCUUUCUCUUCGUCUUCGUUCUUUCCAUCUUCAAAUGAUUGGUAUUGAUGAUACACAAAUAGUAAUUUAUGCAAAUUUACUAAGAAAUUUACUGGCGAACGCAGUUCUUCUUCAACGUCUGAGCGCUCCAUGGAGAGUAGUGCGGGAAUUAGGUCGUUGUUGCUCUUCCUCAACAGCAUCGUAUCGUCUUAGAAGUUUAUUUUUAUACUUCGAACAGCCACAACCCAAUCCUGGACACCCACGACCAAGCGCUGAACCAGUCGAUGAUUCAAUUCUGGCUCUAUUAUUUCCUCAUCUGCGUCAUUUGUCCUUGUAUGGAGGUUUUUAUCGAAUGGACAAGCCCUUGGUCAAUAUGUUACAGAAUCUGAUUGAUUCUUUUACGUCUGUCAACCAAUAUUUUAAUAUGUUGCACGCCUCGUCUACAUUAGGUCGUGCACAGCCAUUUCCUCGAAGCCAUUUUGUAUCGACUGAAAUUCGCAAAAAACUUUGUCUUACACGUGACAAAUCAACUUUUUCAUUAUGUAUUUGGGAACACAAUGGUGUUGGUCAACUAACUAUUUGGUUAUAA